AUGCCGCGCGAGCGCGGAGAGUCGUCGCGGGACCGCGCACGGGACCGUGAGCGUCGGCGGGAGAGGGAGUAUAUCCGUGGAGAUUACGAGGAGGACUCUGAAGGUUCCCCUCGGCCGAGGGGUAAAUAUCGGUUCCGGGGGGAGAGCGGGUAUGACUCGCGUGAACGAGAUAGGGGCAGUGAUCUCGACGAGGAGAGGCGGCGUGCGGAGAGACGCGAGAGACGGAGGAGGAGGGAGGAAGAGGAGAGGAUGUUUGGGGAUGUGAUGGAAGGAAGAAAGGAGAGGUCUAAGGCUAAGGAGUCACCUGCUACGUCGCCGACCAAGAGACGAGAUCGGGAUCGAGAUCGGGAUGGGCAGCGCCGGCGCAGGGACGAUACGGAUCGCGAUCCUGACGCUGAGGCUAGGAGGCAACGGAGAAGGGAACGACAGAGGGAAAAGGAGCGUGAGAGAGAGCGGAGCGAGGGAGCGAGGAAGAAACACAAAAGUAGCGAAUCUUCGAACAGUGCGUCCGGUUUGCUCAAUGCCGAUUCAUUGGCUCGAUUGGCGUCUGAGCAGGAGCUGGAGGAAGAGUCUGCACCAUUUGAGCGCCGGGAAAGGUCUCGAGAUCCCGAUGUGGAUCGCAGAGAGCGUCGACGUCGCAAGCAAGCUGCCUUGGCUGGUGCUGGCGCAGGGGCUCUAGGCGCAGACUUUGUCGAGCGAGGAUCACGACACAGGUCUGGUGCUAGAGUCGUCUCAGGGGCAUAUUUGGAGGAAGGCAGAAGCUCCGAGAUGAAUGUGCGCCGUCGAGGAGGUGGGGGAAGUCCCAUGGGAGAUGAUUGGGAGAGGUCCAAAGAAAGCUGGGUAGGAAGUUUUGAUGGCGAGCAGCGGCCUUCCUGGAAGUUCUGGGCAGGUUGGUCAAAGAAGAAGCGUAUAUGCAUUGGUGUGACAUUGGGAAUCUUGGCCUUACUGGCUAUUAUCAUUCCUGUGGCUGUGAUUGAAGCCAAAAAGAACAGCCCAAACGAUCCCGACUCAUCAGACUCGAGCUCAUCACAGCCAUCAAAUUCUAAUCUUGAUGGUAUCAGCAAAGACAGCAUUCCGAGCUAUGCCAAGGGAACGGUGCUAGAUCCGUGGACUUGGUAUGAAACUGAAGGUUUUAACGUCACUUUCACCAACGAAACUGUUGGUGGUCUGUACAUCAUGGGUCUCAACUCUUCUUGGGACGAUUCAGCGCGACCAAAUCCCAACGUGCCACCACUAAACGAAAAAUUUCCCCCCAUUCGCGGUGUAAACCUAGGUGGAUGGCUUUCUAUUGAGCCGUUUAUUGCCCCGUCUCUAUUCGACCGGUGGCCGUCAAACCAAGGGGUUAUUGAUGAAUGGACACUCUCAGCAGCGCUCGGCUCCAGUGCAUCGACAACCAUCGAGAAACACUAUGCGGAGUUCCUGUCUGAGCAAGAUUUUGCAGAGAUCCAAGAAGCAGGCUUGGACCACGUGCGAAUUCAGUAUUCGUAUUGGGCCGUGACGACAUACGAUGGGGAUCCGUAUGUUCCCAAAAUUGCCUGGCGGUAUCUCUUACGUGCCAUCGAGUAUUGCCGUAAAUAUGGUCUUCGCGUGAAGCUUGAUCUACAUGGAAUUCCUGGAAGCCAGAAUGGCUGGAACCACAGUGGACGCCAGGGACUUAUUCGAUGGCUUAACGGCACAGAUGGAGAUUUGAACAGGCAGCGAUCUCUUGAUGUUCACAACCAGUUGUCGAAAUUCUUCGCUCAAGAUCGGUACAAGAAUGUCAUCACCUUGUACGGGCUUGUCAACGAACCCUUGAUGCUUUCUUUACCAGUCGACAAAGUUCUGGAUUGGACGCAGGAAGCUACUGAGCUGGUACGAAAGAACGGCAUCAACCAGACAGUGGUUUUCCACGAUGGAUUCCUUAACUUGAACAAGUGGCACAAUAUGUUCAAAGACCAUCCUGACAACAUGUACCUGGACACGCACCAGUACACCAUUUUCAACACCGGCGAGAUUGUCCUUAAUCACACAGCAAAGAUCGAGCUCAUCUGCAACAGCUGGUACCCAAUGAUUCAGGCCGUCAACAGCACCAGCACUGGCUGGGGACCCACGAUGUGCGGAGAAUGGUCACAGGCCGAUACUGACUGCGGUGAAUACCUGAACGAGGUUGGUGUUGGUACUCGCUGGGAAGGCACUUACGGCAGUGAGACCACCGCAUAUUGUCCCACCGCCAGUGACGGCACGUGUAGCUGUGAUCUAGCCACCGCCGACCCUACUACAUACUCGAGUGCAUAUAAGAAGUGGCUGCAGAUGUAUGCUGAGGCCCAGAUGUCCACUUUUGAGACGGCAAUGGGAUGGUUCUACUGGACCUGGCGCACUGAGUCUCUAGCCCAAUGGAGCUACCGCACAGCUUGGAAGAAUGGCUUUAUGCCGAGUAAGGCCUACUCGCCCUCGUUCAAGUGCGGUGAUGAUAUUCCCGAUUUCUCCAGCAUGGGACUGGCAAAUGACUAUUAA